AUGCUGAUAUAUUAAUACAAGCACAUCUCAAAAUAGAAUAUCUCGAUUUCGCCGCUAUUAUGGCUUUUCGAAACAAUUCUCCUAUUGUAGCUAUUAUCAGAUCUUCUCCAAAUUUAAAAUGUUUUAAUAUUUCUGGUAAUGAUAUCGGGGAUGAGGUUGUUGAAGCAGUAGCUAAUACAUGCCAUGAAUUGGAAUAUCUUGAUCUUGGAGGGUGUGGAUUCAUUACCGAACCAUCAAUAUAUAAUGUUGUUCGUUUUUGUUCUAAACUUCAGCAUCUUGAACUUGGAUUUUGUGACAUUUCCGAUACAACCGUUAAAAAAAUAGCUCGUUCAUGCUCUAAUUUAAAACAUCUUGAUUUGGAUAGUUAUAAAAAUAUUAAAAAUUACAAUUCAUCAAAUGAACUGUCUGAUUCUAAAUUCAACUCCGCCACUUCCAAUGAUGAUACUUCGGAUUCUGACGAUAAUACUUUGGAUUCUGAUAAUAAUACUUCAGAUUCUGACGAUGAUACUUCGGAUUCUGAUGAUGAUAUUUUGAAUUCUGAUCCAAAUGUCGACUCACAGAGUGAGGACCCACCUCCACUUAUUCCAACCUUUACUGAUAUAUUGGAUGAAAACAGAUUUAUUUCUGAGUUUAUUAACCAUAUCACAUUAAAUUCAGAUACAGAGUUUCCUGCUUUGUAG